CACUUUAAUAUUUAUCGUUUGUCUUAUUUGUAAACAAUUGCAGAAAUUUGUUAAAACUAAAUUAUAAAUAUAGUCAUAGACUGCCACAAAAGACCAUCUUAAAUUAAACUCCCCGUAGUGGUGUAGUGCAGUUUAAUCUCCACACAUUAGUUUUUUAGAAACACAAAUGUUUAAAAAAUCAAAGCCCAAAAUUGAGCCUCCGCCAACGGCUCCAAGUAUUGAAGAAAUGCUUGCGGACAUGGAAACUUUUGAAGUAAAUCAACCCUCAGUAAACGGACCUACGGAUUACACGGACUUGGAGCACGCUCUUCUCACGGAGCCGGAGAAUCUUUCACUUUCAACUUGGUGGCAAGUUUUUGACGAAUACGAUCAGAAGGUCAAAAAAUUAAUAGCCACAGAGGAGACUCUAGAGACCCAUAGAAAUCAACUGAAAGAAUGCUACGCCAAACUAGAAAAAAAUGCAGGAAAACUGAGGGAGGGCAUCAAAAAGCAACAGGCGUUGGCUAAAGAAGACCCUGAAUGUUAACUUAUAAAAUUAAUUUUAAAUUUGUUGUAAAAUAUUCCAUUUGAUAUAAAAAAAAUUGGCCCGUA